UUCCCGGGGCUCUCAGUUCAUUCGUGUCCUACCGCCACUUUACUUCAGGUGGGACUGGACUUAAACCGGCCCGCAGCCAUGGCCGAAUCCCAGCUGGUGUGCAUGGAGGACGGCCACAUCGGCACCCCGGUCCCGGAGACCCGGCCGGAGUUCUACUACAGCGAGCAGCACCGCGCCGCCGUCGAGCAGCUCCUGAAGAACGGCGACGGCGCCUUCAAAAUGCGCCUGCGGGAGGACGAGGUGAAGGACUUCUUGUCGGCCAGGGAGGUCAAAUUGUUGACCAACACCUUCAAGAACUACGAGGCGGCGGCGGCGGAGGAGGAGAAGAAGGGCGGCCACGAUGCGGCGGGGUCACCCUGCGCGUCGUCCCCGGGGGACUCGGGGGUUCAUUCCACCUACUGGCCCCAGAUGUCGGACACGGAGGUGCCGCCCCUGGACAUAGGCUGGCCCAGCGGGGGGUUCUUCAAGGGGGUGACCCGGGUGGCGGUCCACACCCACCCACCCAAAGACAACGGGCCCCACAUUAAGGAGGUGGUGCGCAGACUCAUACAGGCGGCCAACAAGGUGAUCGCCAUCGUGAUGGACUUGCUCACAGACCUCCAGAUCCUGCAGGACCUGAUGGACGCCGCCUCCCGCCGCUCGGUGCCCAUCUACAUCCUCCUGGACAACAGCGGCGUGCCGCACUUCCUGGACAUGUGCUCCAGGCUGCAGAUCGACGCCCAGCACCUCCGGAACAUUCGAGCCAGAACGCUCAAGGGGGUCGGCUUCAACCUGUCCUUCGGAAGACUUCCUGGCUCCAUGUGCACCAGGUACAUGCUGGUGGACGGGGACAAGGUCGUCUUUGGAUCCUACAGUUUCUCGUGGGCCACGUCCCGCAUGGACCGCAACAUGAUCACCGUGAUGACGGGCCAGGUGGUGGAGUUCUUCGACCACGACUUCCGCGAGCUCUACGCCAUCUCGGAGAAGCUGGACCUCUUCAAGGAGUUCCACGUGAGCCCGCCGGCCAGCAGGACCGCCACCGUCCGCUCCAAAGCGGGCCCCAAGCGCCCGCCGCUGGCCGCCACCACCUCGCGCUUCCAGGUCAGCUUGGGAGAAACCCGCAACGCCAACAUCGAGGUGCCGGCCCACAAGUACUACAACCCCAAGUACUCCCUCAUGUACCCCGACGCCCCGCAGCCCGCCAGGUCUUUGCAGGGGCCCCCCAAGGGGCUGGACCGGCUGCUGGUUCCGGAAACGCCGCAAGUCACCACCAGCGAGAAGCUGGACCGCCUCAGCCCGCUGCCCUCGGAGCCCGUGGAGUUCUUCAAGAAGCCCAACGGCGUCCCGCAGGAGAAAAAGAGACUGUCACUGAAGUACAGGUUCUCCAAAAAACUGUCGUCCAGCAAGCUGUCCAUCAACAGCACCGCCAGCAAGGCAGGCCCCGCCUCCGCGGCGUCCAACGGUCAGCUGGAGGGCGACGACAGCUUCGAGGUGACGGUCAGGUCGCCUCCAAAGUUGAAGCUUCUCAAGAGGCCUUCCAGCCUAGGACCCAGGGCCGACUCCACACAGACAGUGGACACAACGCAGGACACCACGAGUGUGAAGAGUCACCGUCGGAACAAAGGGUGCAAAAUGUCCUGAGGUCACGUCAUGAAACAAACAUUUUGUCCUUUCUAAUUGUUUACAAGCACUAAAAUCACUUUUGUUGAAGAGACUUGCCUCACAGGAAAUAGUGCUGAGUGACUUUUCACAAUAAAACACCACUGUGACAAUAACAAAGUGCCUCCCACCUUCAGGAAAAUAAAAACUAUUUCGCCAUUGUGUUGAUUUGUGUCUUUGACAGGAAGUGUGUGUGUGUGUGUGUGCUUGAUGGCAGGAAUAACUGCG